AUGAUUCUGGAAGUCAUUCCCGAUGAAGAACGAAAAUCCUUUAUAGAGCAAGCAGACGAUGAUGGGUACUCACCAUUUUUCUGUGCUGUUGAUUCUGGUCAUUUGAAGCUGCUGCAAUAUUUCCGCGAUCAGCACAAAUCGGAGGGGACCAGUCAGCGAGAACUGCACACUAUCGUCAAUAAAGAUGGAUGGACGCCUCUUGCGGCUGCUGUGUGGUAUAAUCAACUUGACGUUGUUAGAUGGCUUGUCAGAAUUGAUCCGGAAGGUAUGAAGACACGAAGCAAAGUCAAGAGAAGUGUGCUCCAUUACGCUGCUCUGAACGGCAAUAUUGAAAUAGCUUCUGUUUUCUUGGAAUUGUUGGAACCAUCGGACAAAUGUGCAUUAAUUAUAUCACUAGACAAAUAUGGCGCUAUAUCUCUGCACAACUCGUGUUGCGAUGGUCAUCUUGAGUUCAGCCAAUGGUUGAUUGAUGAAUACGAGAAAUGCAAAUCAGAAUCCGAUCCUCCAUUACCCACAAUUCAAGAUAAAGAUGGAUGGACGCCUCUUGCGUAUGCUGUGGAGAAUAAUCAACUUGACGUUGUUAGAUGGCUUGUCAGAAUUGAUCCGGAAGGUAUGAAGACACGAAACAAAAUCAAGAGAAGUGUGCUCCAUCACGCUGCUCUGAACGGCAGUAUUGUAAUUGCUUCUGUUUUCUUGGAAUUUUUGGAACCAUCGGACAAAUGUGCAUUAAUUAUAUCACCAGACAAAGAUGGCGCUAUAUCUCUGCACAACUCGUGUUCGAAUGGUCAUCUUGAGUUCAGUCAAUGGUUGAUUGACGAAUACGAGAAAUGCAAAUCAGAAUCCGAUCCUCCAUUACCCACAAUUCACGACAAAGAUGAACACACGCCUCUUGCGGCUGCUGUGCAGAUUAAUCGACUUGACGUUGUUAGAUGGCUUGCCAGCAUUGAUCCGCAAGGUAUGAAGACACGAAACAAAGUCAAGAGAAGUGUGCUCCAUCACGCUGCUCUAAACGGCAAUAUUGAAAUAGCUUCUGUUUUCUUGGAAUUGUUGGAACCAUCGGACAAAUGUGCAUUAUUUAUAUCACCAGACAAAUAUGGCGCUAUAUCUCUGCACGACUCGUGUUGGGAUGGUCAUCUUGAGUUCAGCCAAUGGUUGAUUGAUGAAUACGAGAAAUGCAAAUCAGAAUCCGAUCCUCCAUUACCCACAAUUCAAGAUAAAGAUGGAUGGACGCCUCUUGCGUAUGCUGUGCAGAAUAAUCAACUUGACGUUGUUAGAUGGCUUGUCAGAAUUGAUCCGGAAGGUAUGAAGACACGAAACAAAAUCAAGAGAAGUGUGCUCCAUCACGCUGCUCUAAACGGCAAUAUUGAAAUAGCUUCUGUUUUCUUGGAAUUGUUGGAACCAUCGGACAAAUGUGCAUUAUUUAUAUCACCAGACAAAUAUGGCGCUAUAUCUCUGCACGACUCGUGUUGGGAUGGUCAUCUUGAGUUCAGCCAAUGGUUGAUUGAUGAAUACGAGAAAUGCAAAUCAGAAUCCGAUCCUCCAUUACCCACAAUUCAAGAUAAAGAUGGAUGGACGCCUCUUGCGUAUGCUGUGCAGAAUAAUCAACUUGACGUUGUUAGAUGGCUUGUCAGAAUUGAUCCGGAAGGUAUGAAGACACGAAACAAAAUCAAGAGAAGUGUGCUCCAUCACGCUGCUCUAAACGGCAAUAUUGAAAUAGCUUCUGUUUUCUUGGAAUUGUUGGAACCAUCGGACAAAUGUGCAUUAUUUAUAUCACCAGACAAAUAUGGCGCUAUAUCUCUGCACGACUCGUGUUGGGAUGGUCAUCUUGAGUUCAGCCAAUGGUUGAUUGAUGAAUACGAGAAAUGCAAAUCAGAAUCCGAUCCUCCAUUACCCACAAUUCAAGAUAAAGAUGGAUGGACGCCUCUUGCGUAUGCUGUGCAGAAUAAUCAACUUGACGUUGUUAGAUGGCUUGCCAGCAUUGAUCCGCAAGGUAUGAAGACACGAAACAAAGUCAAGAGAAGUGUGCUCCAUCACACUGCUCUAAACGGCAAUAUUGAAAUUGCUUCUGUUUUGUUGGAAUUGUUGGAACCAUCGGACAAAUGUGCAUUAAUUAUAUCACCAGACAAAGAUGGCGCUAUAUCUCUGCACAACUCGUGUUCGAAGGGUCAUCUUGAGUUCAGCCAAUGGUUGAUUGACGAAUACGAGAAAUGCAAAUCAGAAUCCGAUCCUCCAUUAAUCACAAUUCACGAUAAAGACGAAGACACGCCUCUUGCGGCUGCUGUAUGGUAUAAUCAACUUGACGUUGUUAGAUGGCUUGCCAGCAUUGAUCCGGAGGGUAUGAAGACACGAAACAAAGCCAAGAGAAGUGUGCUCCAUCACGCUGCUGUAGACGGCAAUAUUGAAAUAGCUUCUGUUUUCUUGGAAUUGUUGGAACCAUCGGACAAAUGUGCAUUAAUUAUAUCACCAGACAAAUAUGGCGCUAUAUCUCUGCACGACUCGUGUUCGAAUGGUCAUCUUGAGUUCAGCCAAUGGUUGAUUGACGAAUACGAGAAAUACAAAACAGAAUCCGAUCCUCCAUUCAUCACAAUUCACGAUAAAUAUGAAGACACGCCUCUUGCGUAUGCUGUGCUGAAUAAUCAAUUUGACGUUGUUAGAUGGCUUGCCAGAAUUGAUCCAGAGGGUAUGAAGACACGAAACAAAGCCAAGAGAAGUGUGCUCCAUCACGCUGCUGUAGACGGCCAUAUUGAAAUUGCUUCUGUUUUCUUGGAAUUGUUGGAACCAUCGGACAAAUGUGCAUUAAUUAUAUCACCAGACAAAUAUGGCGCUAUAUCUCUGCACGACUCGUGUUCGAAUGGUCAUCUUGAGUUCAGCCAAUGGUUGAUUGACGAAUACGAGAAAUGCAAAUCAGAAUCCGAUCCUCCAUUACCCACAAUUCACGACAAAAAUGAACACACGCCUCUUGCAGUUGCUGUGCAGAUUAAUCACUUUGACGUUGUUAGAUGGCUUGUCAGAAUUGAUCCGGAAGGUAUGAAGACACGAGACAUAGACAAGAGGAGUGUGCUCCAUCACGCUGCUCUAAACGGCAAUAUUGAAAUUGCUUCUGUUUUCUUGGAAUUGUUGGAACCAUCGGACAAAUGUGGAUUAAUUAUAUCACCAGACAAAUAUGGCUCUAUAUCUCUGCUAUACUCGUGUUUCAAGGGUCAUCUUGAGUUCAGCCAAUGGUUGAUUGACGAAUACGAGAAAUGCAAAUCAGAAUCCGAUCCUCCAUUACCCACAAUUCACGAUAAAGAUGAAGAAACGCCUCUUGCGGCUGCUGUAAAGAAUAAUCAAAUUGACGUUGUUAGAUGGCUCGCCAGCAUUGAUCCGCAAGACAAAGAUGGCGCUAUAUCUCUGCACUUCUCGUGUUCGAAAGGUCAUCUUGAGUUCAGCCAAUGGUUGAUUGACGAAUACGAGAAAUGCAAAUCAGAAUCCGAUCCUCCAUUACCCACAAUUCACGACAAAGAUGAACACACGCCUCUUGCGGCUGCUGUGCAGAUUAAUCGACUUGACGUUGUUAGAUGGCUUGCCAGCAUUGAUCCGCAAGGUAUGAAGACACGAAACAAAGUCAAGAGAAGUGUGCUCCAUCACGCUGCUCUGAACGGCAGUAUUGUAAUUGCUUCUGUUUUCUUGGAAUUUUUGGAACCAUCGGACAAAUGUGCAUUAAUUAUAUCACCAGACAAAGAUGGCGCUAUAUCUCUGCACAACUCGUGUUCGAAUGGUCAUCUUGAGUUCAGUCAAUGGUUGAUUGACGAAUACGAGAAAUGCAAAUCAGAAUCCGAUCCUCCAUUACCCACAAUUCACGACAAAGAUGAACACACGCCUCUUGCGGCUGCUGUGCAGAUUAAUCGACUUGACGUUGUUAGAUGGCUUGCCAGCAUUGAUCCGCAAGGUAUGAAGACACGAAACAAAGUCAAGAGAAGUGUGCUCCAUCACGCUGCUCUAAACGGCAAUAUUGAAAUAGCUUCUGUUUUCUUGGAAUUGUUGGAACCAUCGGACAAAUGUGCAUUAAUUAUAUCACCAGACAAAUAUGGCGCUAUAUCUCUGCACGACUCGUGUUCGAAUGGUCAUCUUGAGUUCAGCCAAUGGUUGAUUGACGAAUACGAGAAAUGCAAAUCAGAAUCCGAUCCUCCAUUAAUCACAAUUCACGAUAAAUAUGAAGACACGCCUCUUGCGGCUGCUGUGCAGAUUAAUCGACUUGACGUUGUUAGAUGGCUUGCCAGCAUUGAUCCGCAAGGUAUGAAGACACGAAACAAAGUCAAGAGAAGUGUGCUCCAUCACGCUGCUCUAAACGGCAAUAUUGAAAUAGCUUCUGUUUUCUUGGAAUUGUUGGAACCAUCGGACAAAUGUGCAUUAAUUAUAUCACCAGACAAAUAUGGCGCUAUAUCUCUGCACGACUCGUGUUCGAAUGGUCAUCUUGAGUUCAGCCAAUGGUUGAUUGACGAAUACGAGAAAUGCAAAUCAGAAUCCGAUCCUCCAUUAAUCACAAUUCACGAUAAAUAUGAAGACACGCCUCUUGCGGCUGCUGUGUGGUAUAAUCAACUUGACGUUGUUAGAUGGCUUGUCAGAAUUGAUCCGGAAGGUAUGAAGACACGAAACAAAGUCAAGAGAAGUGUGCUGCAUUACGCUGCUCUAAACGGCAAUAUUGAAAUUGCUUCUGUUUUCUUGGAAUUAUGGCUUGCCAGCAUUGAUCCGCAAGGUUUGAAGACACAAAAUAAAGGCAGGAGUGGUGUGCUUCAUCACGCUGCUGCAAACGGCAAUAUUGAAAUUGCUUCUGUUUUCUUGGAAUUGUUGGAACCAUCGGACAAAUGUUCAUUAAUUAUAUCACCAGACAAAGAUGGCGCUAUAUCUCUGCACUACUCGUGUUCGAAAGGUCAUCUUGAGUUCAGCCAAUGGUUGAUCGACGAAUACGAGAAUUGCAAAUCAGAGUCCGAUCCUCCAUUACCCACAAUUCACGAUAAAGAUGAAGACACGCCUCUUGCGACUGCUGUGGCGAAUAAUCAACUUGACGUUGUUAGAUGGCUUGUCAGAAUUGAUCCGGAAGGUAUGUAG